GGUUGUUAUAAGUUUAUUGAAAUGCUUAAGCGAAUAAAAACCUGUGACAAAAAAAUUGUGCUUGCUGUACGCACAUAUUGUAAUAGAGAAAAAGAGAAAAAAGCUCCUAUAAUUCCAUUUAGAAAUGUUCGACAGCGCGUAUCCGCCAUGACAGGUAUAUCUGAAAAAACUAUUAGCAAUAUAACACGAGAAAGCAAAAGUAAAAGUACCUUAAGUAAAAGAAAAAAAUGUAAGAGAUUGAUUAAAAUUCGAGAUAAUUUCAAAUUAUGUACAAUAAGAAAUAAAAUCCAUGAAAUGUACACAAUUCGUAAACAGAUUCCGACAUUAAGUAUUCUUCUGACUGAAUUAAAAAUUGAUAUUAAUUUAACAUGUGGACGAACUAGUUUAUGGAAUACCAUUCGCCAACUUGGCUUUCGAUUCAAGAAAUACAGUUCUAAAAGAAUGCUAUUAAUAGAACAACAUGACAUUGUAGCCUGGAGGCAAAAGUACCUUAAACUUUUAAGAGUAAGUAGACUUGAAGGUCUGCCGAUAAUUUUCAUUGGAGAAACUCAUAUACGAGCUACCUGCACUGAGAAUAAAAUCUGGCAAAUAGAAAAACAAGAAGGUGAUCUCCCAAGUGAUGCAGUCUGUGCCCGCUGGAUUGUUGCUCAUGCUGGAGGAGAGAUGGGAUUUAUCACAGAACCUCUAAUUUUUAAAUCUCAAAAGAAGUUGGGAGACUAUCGUGAUGAUAAUAAUAGAGCGAAUUUUGUGCGGUGGCUGCAAGAAAAAUUAAUCCCUAAUUUACCUCCUAAAAGUUUGGUGGUUUUAGACACUGUAUCCUCCUGCUUAGACUCAGUUAAUAAGGCACCAACCCUAAGCUCUACUAAAGUUGAAAUGCAGAAUUGGCUGACUAGCAAAGGGAUAUCAUAUAACUCCACAAUGAUGAAGGCUGAAUUGUUCAAAAUUAUAAGAGAAUAUAAAGAAUCUCUAACAUUUGAAAGUGAUAAUCUACUGGAAGCUCAUGGACACAAAGUAGCCAGAUUACCGCCAUAUCACAAUGACUUAAAUGUAAUAGAGUAUCUGUGGAAUCCUUUAAAACGGCGCUUAGCAAAUACUAAUUUGGAGAAUUUUGAGAAUCGAAUUAUAGAAAUUAUUGAAGAAGCUUUACAAUGUAUUACCGCAAAGGAUUUAAAAAAACAAUGCCAAUUUGUGCGGGAAAUCGAAAAUAACUUGUUUGAAACAGAUAGGCGUUUAGAUGAAGAAAUUGAUAAAUGUGCUAUGGAGUUGGAUGAUGAAUCUGAUACAGAAUCUCAAAGUUCUUCAGAUUCAGAAAACAUUUCAGACAGUGAUUACUGAUUACUGAAGUUAUGACAAAUUGAGAAGUAUAAUAAUUAAUGAAUUAACUAAAUAUUCUUUAUUGUGCACAGAAAACAAAGAUACAAAAGGAAAA